AUGCCACCGCCCGGCCCCGGCCCCGGCCCCGGCGAGGCGGCCUCCCGCGUCAGGGAGGCGGCGGGGAGGGACCCGCUGGCCGCCGACCUGCGGUGCAGCCUCUUCGCCGCCGCGCUGCAGAGCUACAAGCGCGACUCGGCGCUGAGGCCCUUCCCGGGCCGCUACGCCGGCGGCGACACCAAGGACUUCGAGGGGCUGCUUGCAGAUACCAACGCUCUACCAAGCCUGAAAGAACUUCUGGAGUCUGUUCCAAACACAGAGAAAAGGACCUGGGAUUUGUUUAGUUGGAUUUUAUCAUCUAAGGUCUUCAUGAUACAGAGUACUAAGAAACAGGAGUACGAGAAGAUCCAAGAACUCACAGGGAUGUCUGGGGCUGCGGUUCCUGCUCCGGACUACCUCUUUGAGAUCGUGUAUUGCGAUCAAAUGAAUACCAAGUUUGCCGAGACCAAGGGAGAGCGGGACCUCAUCUACGCCUUCCAUGGGAGCCGCCUCGAGAACUUCCAUUCCAUACUGCACAAUGGCCUGCACUGCCAUUUGAACAGGACAUCCCUGUUUGGUGAAGGUACCUAUCUUACCAGUGACCUGAGCCUGGCUCUCCUUUAUAGCCCUCACGCUCUUGGUUGGCAGCGAAGUGCGUUGGGCUCUAUCCUUAGCUGCGUAGCUGUUUGUGAGAUCAUUGACCACCCAGAUGUAAAGUGUCAGGUGAAAAAGAAAGAUUCAGAAGAAAUAGACAGAAAAAGAGCAAGAGUGAAAAACAGCGAAGGGGGUGAUGUACCACAGAAAUACUUCGUUGUCACAAACAAUCAGCUUUUACGAGUUAAAUACCUGCUAGUAUAUUCACAGAAACAGCAUAGGAGGCCUUCUAGUCAAUCUUCCUGGUUUUACACCCACCGUUUUGCCGUAAUGAUGAUGCUGUACCUGCUGCUGCUAAUCGUCAUAGGGGCCAGCAACUCGCCAACCUUCGUCUACUACUGGCACAGAAUGUUUGACUCGGAGAGAUGAAUUGCCCGAGAUGAUAAACUGUUAUUUUCACCACGUGCCUUAAUAAUAGCCAAUCUGCAAUGCACUGCAUCUGUUCCAGAGCUCUGGAAAUAAAGGUGCCUGGAGCUUUCCAGUUCUGUCACCAAUAUAUUAUCCUCGUGGCAUCUUUCCAUUUAUCCUUAUUUCUGUGUUCCUGUGAUUCAUGAGGAUGCCCAGUACAGCUGAAAAGGAUCACAGUGGUGCAGCUUAGCAUGAACCAAUUGGUAAGGGUCCAUGGGAAAAAGUUAUUUAAAAUUAAUGAAAACUAAGCGUGGAAACACUCAGGUGUAACUAUUUUCUGUCAAACUGAGGUAUGUUUGCACAAGUUGGAAAGGAGAACUUCUCUGUACGUCAGGCAAAGCAACCUGUAGGAAGUCUUAUCAGUUUGUUUUCGGAAACCGAAUGUAGUGAUGUUUAGCGUGUAUCAAUGCAGAUGGGAUCACUUUUAAAACUAACUUUGGCUUUGGCCAGGAAUUUUUAUAUUUGAGCAUAAUGAUUGUAAGAAAACAACAAGAAAUAA